UUGUCUCGACUUCCCGGAUCUGUUUGCCGAGACAAAUAUGGGAGUAGUCAAACUCAUGCCGGAGAGGAUGCUCGAGGAGCGAGUCGCCCCCGGUGAGGAGGCCAACCACUCGCUGCAGAUGUACUUUGCCGACGAGUGGCCCGAGUCGUUUUCCUACCAACUGUUGAUCGGCGCUGGAUUGGCGCUGAUGGCUCUGGUGCUGUUUGCGGCGGUGAGUUACCAGUGCUCGUCGACGUGGCGAUGGCUCGUUAGUAGAACUCGACCGGACGGCCAGGAAGACGUCGAGGCAGAGCUCAGUCAGCAGAGCGCCAUACGGAUAAGUCACUCGCUUCCCGAUUUGCAGUCCAAACCCGUCACCCACGAGUACGUGCAGGAGCAGAAGGACAACAAAAAGGUUUUGCGGCAGACAACAUUACCCAUAGUGCCCACAAGACAUCAAAAUUUUCAGCGUCAAUUGUCGCAUCGGCUGGAUGUGCCCAACAUCAAAUUUAGCGUUUGUAGUUUGGAGAAUCGUAGCGAUUCGCGCCUAGGCCUUAUCAAACCGGAACUCUACAAGAAAGAACUGAUACGCCAAGAGAGCACUGAAAGCUCAAGCACCGUUGAAAUGGAAACUGCCGGCAAUCUCCACUUCGCCGUUCGUUACGACAAAGAGAUCGAGGCUCUUGUUGUGAAGGUCUUAGAAGCUCGGAAUCUGCCCGUCAAAGAUGUUUGUGGAAGUAGCGAUCCUUACGUUAAAGUUUACCUUCUGCCUGAUAGAAAGAAAAAGUACCAGACGAAAGUGCACAGGAAAAAUCUCAACCCAAUUUUCAAUGAAGCCUUCCUUUUCAAUGUACCCUAUAAUGACAUACACGAGAGGUACUUACAAUUUUCCGUGUAUGAUUUCGAUCGAUUUUCAAGGCAUGAUCUCAUUGGACAAGUCGUGUUGAAGGAUUUGAUAGACUGCGUCGAUUAUGAGCAUGAAAUUGAAUAUACCAUGGACAUCAUGUGCGCCACUCAGGAUAAGGUGGACUUGGGAGAACUGAUGUUGACCCUCUGCUAUCUACCCAGUGCUGGUCGCUUGACCGUGGCCGUCAUCAAAGCCAGAAAUCUUAAGAAAAUGGACAUCACAGGAUCAUCAGAUCCUUAUGUCAAAGUUUACCUGUUGUGCCAAGGCAAGAGAAUAAAAAAGAAGAAAACGAGUGUUAAGAAGGGCUGCUUGAAUCCCGUGUACAAUGAGGCUUUAGUUUUUGAUGUGCCAGCUGAAAAUAUAGAAGACUGCAGUCUCAUCAUCAAAGUGAUAGACUACGACAGGAUUGGAGCGAAUGAGUUGAUGGGCUGCACCGCGAUUGGAGCAAACUCAAUUGGAAUGGGGAGAGACAAGUGGCUGGAAAUGCUUGACAGUCCUCGUAAACAUGUGGCACAGUGGUAUCCUUUAACAGAAACUAUUACUGGGCACAUACCAUCGACAGAACAGUUACCAGUAAGCUUAAGCUGCUUAACCAGGAGAUGAAAACAUCCAUGUGAGAUACAUCGGUACAAAUGAUCAUUGCAGUUUAGACUUAGUCUAGAAGAAAUAGCGAAGUAAAUCGAAUGAAGUUAACUGAGAGAUGAAACUUUACUGAGUGUUUCGAAUAAUUUUUUUAGAGCACGUUAAGCGUAUCAAGAACCUAGUUAAAGGUUCAUGGCAUUGUCAGUAAGCUCGUACGUUUAUAAGUUUGUAUGAUCACGCUAGCUGCUGCUUUAUGAGUUCAUGGAGAAAGGCAUGCAUUCCCAUCGUAGAGGAAUAUUGGUAUAGCCAUUGUUAAAUUGAGGUGGUAGACAGCAUUCAAUUAAUCCUCAUUUUUCUAAAAUUUAGCUCUAGGAUUCAUAAUUUAAAAUUAUUAAAAAUUAAGAAAAACUUAAUCAAAGAGCUGAGCUCAAACUUGUUUAAUACUGACAGUUUUUUUUUUUUCAUUUGGACAUCAUAAGCAUUCCGUACUAGUAUUCAACUUCUUCCCGGGAUUUGAUUAAAACAAUCUACAAGUAUCUUUCUUUACAUACGUAAAAAAAGGCCUUACUUUGCUAUAAAGGAUCAGCUAAACGAAAGAUGACAGCGAAUGAAGUGUAGAUGGAAUUAUCUGGAUUUAGUCUUGCUAUAGAGUAGAAUAUACGUGAGAGUAUUUAUAGCUUAGAUAUAUACAUAUGAAUGGAGCAGAGGCAUCCAAAAACAUACAUAUAUAUUUGUAAUACAAAAAAGAAAACGAAGUUGAUUUCUGAUUCAGCAAGUAAUUUCCCAAACAGAAUAUUAAAGGUACAUGAAAUACCAUGAAAUGGAAGAUAGUAAAAUUAUAUCCAUUCAUGGCAAAUAAUCGUAAUGUAUAUUCAAAAGUUAGAUUAUAGUGUAUUUAACUAAGAUAUCGACAUAUAAUGUCACUAUUAAAUAAAAACAUACUACGGAUGAAGCAUUAACUGCUGAAUAUCUUGGAUUAUCAUAUACUCGUAUUUUUUGCAUGAAAAAAUAAUGCGCGAAUUGGAUGUGAUCAGCAGUUUGUGGUAAUAAGUUAAAUUCUAGCAAAAAAAAAAUCAGAAAGUUAGUAUGGUAUUACAGUCAAAUGAUUGUUGUUAAGAUUUAUGUCGAUAAACGUGUACUUGUGAACGCUUUGUAAUAUAUUAGGCAACCUAUUUUUUAUCAUGAAAUUUAUACAAUAUCUAUACUUUGGUACAUUUCUUAAGGCUACAAGUAUAAUUUUUUUAUUAGUGUUUUUCGAUAACAAAAAUUAAAAAACUGCGUGCUUGUGUAAUAUACAUUCUUUUAAUUACUUGAUGUAAACAAAAUUAUAUGAAUUUUCUACAUCACAAAACGCAAUAAUAUCAAGGUCCCUCGCAAAACU